GGCAGCCUUAUGGGUGCAUGGGAAACAAAAUUCAAAAAAUGCAGAAUUCAAACGGUAUUAUAUUGCAGUUGGAACACCGUUUAUCUUCAACUUCAACUUGAUAUGGUUAUAAUCCAGUUGCUGUCAGCUCCAUGGCUCUGGUAUCGGCUGACUCCCGCAUUGCUGAACUUCUGGGAGAGUUGCAUCAGCUUAUCAAACAGACCCAGGAGGAGCGGUCGAGGAGCGAACACAACCUGGUGAACAUCCAGAAGACACAUGAGAGGAUGCAGACCGAGAACAAAAUUUCUCCAUAUUAUCGGACCAAGUUACGCGGCCUCUACACAACAGCGAAGGCUGAUGCGGAAGCGGAGUGCAACAUCCUACGGAAAGCCUUGGACAAGAUCGCAGAGAUUAAGUCUCUUUUAGAAGAACGGCGCAUUGGUAUGAAGCGCCACACCCUGAGCCGACGGCGCAUCAUCCCCCUGCCCCAGUGGAAAGCCAACCCUGAAACAGACCCUGAGGCCUUGUUCCAGAAAGACCAGCUGGUCCUGGCAUUAUACCCACAGACCACCUGCUUCUACCGGGCGCUUAUUCAUACCCCUCCACAGCGGCCCCAGGAUGAUUACUCGGUGCUGUUUGAAGAUACGAGCUACGCAGAUGGUUAUUCUCCACCGCUCAACGUGGCCCAGCGCUAUGUAGUGGCUUGCAAAGAGACCAAGAAGAAAUGACAGUGCCCUCUAGUGGCUGGUAGUGACGUAGGCACGACGAACCAGCUCUAGAGAA